AUGGAUAGGAGUUGGAUGUCUAUUAAGAACUACCUAGACCUCAAGUAUUUAGAUGGAGUUGAUGAAUUUAUUAAGUUUGCUUUUCUAGGCAAGGAUCCUAAUUGUAAACUGCCAUGUCCUUACAAAGUAUGCAAUAAUUUUGAGGAUCAAACUAAGGAAGUCAUGGCCAAUCACUUGUGUCGAGGAAUUGUUGAUAGUUAUACUAGGUGGAUAUAUCAUGGCGAAGGAUUUGAAUCUGAUGAUGAGAAUGAUGACAUAGAAAUAAAUGACAACGAUAGUGACUUUGACAGUAUGGAGGAGCUGUUAAAUGAUGUAGGAGUUGCUAACUUUGGUGAGAAUUGGAGACAUUCACCGGAACUUGAUACGGGUGCUUGUACCGAGAAAGAAGGAGAAGCAAGUAGGUUUCUCAAAUUAUUAUCGGAGGCUGAAAAAUCUCUAUACCCGGGCUGUGAAAAGUAUUCAAAACUCUCGUUUAUUGUCCAUAUCCUCCGCUUGAAAACAAUGAAUCGGUGGACUUGUAAAUCUACUGAUAUGUUGCUGAAGUUCUUGCAUCAAGUAUUUCCUACAGCUUUGAUUCCCAGUUUAUAUUACGAGGCAAAAAAUUUCAUCCGUGAGUUGGGGCUGAAGUGUGAAAAGAUCCACGCCUGUGAAAAUGAUUGCGCACUUUUUUGGAAUGAAAAUAAAGGCCUUGAUCAUUGUCCAAAUGAAAAAUGUAAAGCACCGCGGUAUAAAUCUCCAAAUUCCAAAAUACCUAGAAAGGUGUUGCGUUAUUUUCCAUUAAAACCAAGGCUGCAAAGACUGUUUGUGAACAAAGAGAUUGCUCGGGAUAUGAGGUGGCAUAAGGAGAGACGUGUAGAUAAUGAGAACAUGAUACGACACCCUGCUGAUUCAUUAGCUUGGAAGGAUUUUGAUAGAAAUCACAAGUCCUUCGCUGAAGAUCCUAGAAAUGUGAGGCUAGGACUUGCUAGUGAUGGCUUUAAUCCCUUUGGAACCAUGAGCAAUUCAUACAGUAUAUGGCCUGUUAUCUUUGUUCCUUACAAUCUACCUCCUUGGAAAUGCUUAAAAGAUCCAUUUUUUUUCCUAUCAAUGAUUAUUCCUGGUCCCAAAGCACAUGGAAAUGAUAUUGACAUAUUCUUUAGACCACUAGUUGAUGAGUUAAAAGAGUUAUUUGCCACUGGUGUGAAGACAUAUGAUGCCUUCAGGGAGGAGAAGUUCAUGUUACGUGCAGCACUUUUGUGGACAAUAAACGAUUUUCCAGCAUAUGGCUAUUUGUCGGGAUGGAGUACAAAAGGGUACAAGGCAUAUCCUAUGUGCUUAGAUGAGACGACUAGUCUAUAUCUUAAUAAUUGUCACAAAUGUUGUUACAUGGGCCAUCGCCGUUUUCUGCCUAUUGAUCAUAAAUGGCGUCGAGAAAAAAAGCAAUUUAAUGGAGAAAGAGAACAUAGACAGCCUCCUAGGACCCUAUCAGGUGAGGAAGUCCUCCAACAACUUCUUCGUAUUGAGCAAGUUGAGUUUGGCAAGGCACCUGAUUUGCUGCAAUAG